CCGGGGAUGUUGGCGGUUUGACUUAUCUGCUGUUCCUCUUGCACAUAUAUGACGCUUCUUGGAUUUAUAUUGCGUUUGUGUUGAGCCAGAACAACAUGUUAGCUAAUAUUGCCAUCGCUGGCCGUCAAGGUCGCGGCGCGUGGUCGAAUUUGUCCCGUCUUUCACGUAAAGCGUCCACAGACGACGGGCGUUCGAGAGCUAACACGCCGCGCUGCAACUCUGCCCGUCCACCACACGAGGUCAGUCGUCACUCAUGGAACCCCAAGGUUCCGAGGGCACCGACGUGGGAGCCGGUACCUGAGAGCCAGCUGCCUCCGGCUACCCGAGUGCCUGCUGACCUGGUGGACAAGCUGGAGCGGCUGGCCUUGGUGGACUUCCGCACCAAGCAGGGGGUGGAAUGUUUGGAAAAAGCCAUUCGAUUUGUUGACCAGCUUCAUGUUGUUGACACCUCGGGAGUCGAGCCCAUGGACUCGGUUCUAGAAGACAGGAGCCUGCACUUGAGAGGUGACGCGGUCAGCGAAGGGGACCAGGCUGCACAGCUGUUGCAGCUCUCCAAACAGACGGUGGAAGAAUAUUUUGUGGCUCCUCCAGGAAAUAUUCCUUUACCGAAGAGGGAAGAGAGGGGCCCCGGGCUGAGGAACGACUCGGAACUGUGAUGUUGAAGAACACUGCUUUAGGAAGGAAAGGAAACAGAAAGCACAACAAUGAGGAGAGUGGAAAACGAAACUUAGGGCAGUGGGCGGAGAAUCAGCUGAUAUAAAUGAGGCAGCGGACGGAGCGCAGUUAGAAGCGCCCUCUUCGUCUUCA